AGAAAACCGACACCACGAAAAGCCAUUGCAACUAUUGGACAGGAAAGGCCCACUGAGGAUCUCGGGUUGGAAGUUGGAGAAAUUAGGAUAAGAUUGGGAGAACAAGAAGCUGUAUUCGACAAAGGAGAAUGGCUACCAGGUACAGAGUCCUGUCACUGACAACUGAAUGCACACCAGUGCAGAGCUACGAGAACAUUUGUGUAUGGCAGAGGAGAUGCAACUGGACAAGGAUCCUCUGGCAGUGGCCCAAUGUACUCAUACAUGCCGGCGAGAUGCUGACUGCACACAACAGUGGCACACUUGCUUUGUUUGGUCACCACUGGUGCUGGAUGCAAAUGCUGCGAUGGUGGAUUGCAAGAGUGUGCUGCCACAAGACUGGCCCAACAAGUGGAAUUCACAAAGAAAACAAGAAAUUGAGGAAAAGGCUACAAGAUCUUGAGAAUGAGAACAAUUUGCUUAAACUGAAAUUUGAAAUUCUUCUUGACAUGCUAACACAAACAACUGCCGAAGCUCAUCUCAAAGAAAAACAGAUGGAGAAACUGCAGUCAGCUAUGAAACACUUAAAACGGAGAAAUUGAAAACUAUUAUUUCUGCCGUCAGAUGAUUCUUGCUCUACAGAAAUAAGUUAUCACCAGCAGGUCUGAAAGACAUCAUGGUGUGAUAAAUAAUUCAUGAACGGAGACACUACAACUAAGUGUAGUGGUUAUUGCUAAGGAGAACUGAUGUUUUGUUCCACAGCUCAGACAAUGAAACACUUAAUCAGCAUGUAGAAGGUUGUCUGUAUAGAAGCUAAUUGCUGUAAAACUGAAGCCUUCAGAAAUUUUUAAGGAAUGCACUCUUUGUGGAUUUGUGUCAUACUGUUUAAGAAGGCUGCCUGAUAGUGUUUAGUGUGAGUGAAAAUAAGUGACUUAAUAAU